AUCUGUGGCAGGGUCUUGAGUAGUUUUGUUGUGGCAGCAAGCAACAUUAAACACUUCAUUUAGUACUGUUAGUUUUUCUUUUUUUUACGGGUUAUCCUCUCGACAGCGACUAUGUCAUCGCCACUAGCAAAGCCGCAGAUUAUUGCGCAUAUUCAGAAAGGUUUAAAUUACACAGUGUUUGAUAGUAAAUGGAUUCCUUGCAGCGCAAAGUUUGUCUGUCUCGGGAACUUUCCGAGAGGAACCGGAGUAAUGCAAAUAUACGAGGUGCAACAAGGGGAAGCUCAACUUAUCAAGGAGGUGGAGAAACCUAAACCCAUAAAGUGUGGGACAUUUGGGGCCACCUCUCUUCAACAAAGACACAUAGCAACCGGGGAUUUUGAUGGAAAUCUCAAUAUAUGGAAUCUGGAGAUGCCGGAUGUUCCAGUGUAUUCCGUAAAGGCCCACAAAGAGAUCGUGAAUGGUAUUGAUGGUGUUGGUGGCCUGGGGAUUGGUGAUGGUGCACCUGAGAUAGUCACUGGAAGCAGAGAUGGGACAGUAAAAGUGUGGGAUCCCAGACAGAAGGAUUCACCUGUAGCCAACAUGGAGCCAAUGGAAGGAGAAACCAAGAGGGACUGCUGGACUGUUGCAUUUGGUCACGCCUUCAAUGAUCAGGACCGCUGUGUGUGUGCCGGUUAUGACAAUGGGGACAUCAAACUCUUCGACUUAAGGAAUAUGUCUCUACGGUGGGAAACUAACAUUAAAAAUGGGGUAUGUGCUGUGGAGUUUGACAGGAAAGACAUCAACAUGAACAAGCUUGUGGCCACCUCACUGGAGGGAAAAUUCCACGUCUUUGACAUGAGAACCCAGCACCCCACCAAGGGCUUUGCCUCCGUUUCCGAAAAGGCUCAUAAGUCGACCAUUUGGCAGGUGAAGCAUUUGCCUCAAAAUAGAGAAAUCUUUAUGACUGCAGGGGGAGCAGGCAACCUGCAUCUAUGGAAAUAUGAGUAUCCUGCUCAGAGAAGCAAGAAGGACUCCGAUGACAUGGAUGUUGGUGUAGCUGGCUCCGUCAACCUCCUGCAGAAUGUCACUCUGUCCACUCAGCCAAUCGCCAGCCUGGACUGGAGCCCCGACAAGCAAGGCCUGUGUGUGUGUUCAGGCUUCGACCAGUCUGUCCGAGUGCUCAUCGUCACCAAACUCAAUGCGGUGUGAAAAAGUAGACCCCAACACAGACUGAUGAUGAAGAUCUUUGCAGCAUGAGAGGAAACAUGUCACAACUGCAGAGGUGCACAAAUAGUUUAUCAUUCACUGCCCUUUUGUGGUGCGUCUUUUAUUAGAACAUUAGAAAACAAUCUUCUAAUCCAGGUCUUUCAGAUGUCUGUCUAGAUUUUGUACAUUUGAUACUCAUCUAUAGACUUGUCUUUUUAGAAAUCCAUUCAAGUCAGAUAAUUGAGGAAAUCUAUUAUUGAAGUUUUGUUGAGUUGUCUUUGUAAAUAUUACCCCUGACAAAUAUGAGGCUUGGCUGAUCCUUGCAGGCUAUGAAGACCUGUAGUGCAGAGAAAUAGCCCUAUGACAGAAUUAUACACACAAAGAAAUGAGUCACAGAGCUUUGAACAACACAUCAGGGGUUCAAUUUAUUUUCUUUAUUGCCAUUUUAGUCAAUGCCCACUGAAACACCCCUCUUUUGUUGCAUAUUUGUUUAAUGUUAAAGUUGUCACUUUUGAUACAUCAUUUUAUUGAGAGCUUUCUGUUUGCAAUUAAAUGUUCCUUUGGAGAAAAA